GCUUUAUAAGUCAGUGGAGCCUGUGGAGGUGGCCAGAAUCCGGCACUCCAAGCACUGCUGUCUUCUCACGGAGUCUUGAAGCCAGAGCAGUGCCAGGAUGUCACGGGAGCUGGCCCCACUGCUGCUUCUCCUCUCCAUCCACAGCGCCCUGGCCCUGAGGAUCUGCUCCUUCAACGUCAGGUCCUUUGGGGAAAGCAAGCAGGAAGACCAGAAUGCCAUGGAUGUCAUUGUGAAGAUCAUCAAACGCUGUGACAUCAUACUUGUGAUGGAAAUCAAGGACAGCAACAACAGGAUCUGCCCCAUACUGAUGGAGAAGCUGAACAGGGAAAAGCUGGUGUCUGUGAAGAGGAGUUAUCACUACCAUGACUAUCAGGAUGGAGACGCAGAUGUGUUUUCCAGGGAGCCCUUUGUGGUCUGGUUCCAGUCUCCCCACACUGCUGUCAAAGACUUCGUGAUUAUCCCCCUGCACACCACCCCAGAGACAUCCGUUAAAGAGAUCGAUGAGUUGGUUGAGGUCUACAUGGACGUGAAACACCGCUGGAAGGCAGAGAACUUCAUUUUCAUGGGUGACUUCAAUGCUGGCUGCAGCUACGUCCCCAAGAAGGCCUGGAAGAACAUCCGCUUGAGGACCGACCCCAGGUUUGUUUGGCUGAUUGGGGACCAAGAGGACACCACGGUGAAGAAGAGCACCAACUGUGCAUACGACAGGAUUGUGCUUAGAGGACAAGAAAUCGUCAGUUCUGUUGUUCCCAAGUCGAACAGUGUUUUUGACUUCCAGAAAGCUUACAAGCUGACUGAAGAGGAGGCCCUGGAUGUCAGCGACCACUUUCCAGUUGAAUUUAAACUACAGUCUUCAAGGGCCUUCACCAACAGCAAAAAAUCUGUCACUCUAAGGAAGAAAACAAAGAGCAAACGCUCCUAGAUCCAAGGGUCUCAUCUUAUUAACCAUUUCUUGCCUCUAAAUAAAAUGUCUCUAACAGAUAUGAACUGCUCCCUGUACUUAGGAAACAAGACUGAUCCAACUGCUUUCAGUUUUUGACCUGAAUUUAUUCUGACUUGAGCCAAAUUGGAAGGAGAAUCUUUUGUAUCUCUCUUGGUCUCAUACCUCCCCUGAAUUGUCCAAAAGGGAACCAGGGGCAUUUGUAGACCAAAAUGAUGAUCUUCAUGCCCUGAGCCAGAGCCCCAUCCACUGUCACUGUCCCUGCUCAACCCUGUCAUGCGAGAGGCUGCAGGGGGAGGAAGAGCGUCAGCUUUCAGUGCUCAUGAGGGGUCCUGUUCCACAGGCAAUGACCAGAAACACCAAGGCCCCAGCUGCCCCUGUGAUUAGGGCAAUUAACUGUUUUAAGAAUCUG